UUUGGAUUCAAGUCAUUCCUUGCAAAAAGAAAUUCAAAUACAUAAAAAUAGAAUAACUAAAUAAACAAUAGUAUUUAAAAUUUUGCAUUCUCUACAUGCAUUUAAAAUAAUAAUUUAUUUAGAAUAAUAGCAAUAUGAAUGCACCACCGACUUUUGAAUCAUUCUUGCUUUAUGAAGGAGAGAAAAAAAUUAUAAAGGAGCAAGAUACUAAAGUUCCUAAUGCCGCUAUAUUUACUGUCAACAAAGAAGAUCACACUUUAGGAAAUAUGAUAAGAAAUCAACUUUUAAAGGAUCCACAAGUAUUAUUCGCUGGAUAUAAACUACCUCAUCCAUUAGAACAUAAAUUUGUCAUUAGAAUUCAAACAACAUCGGAUUAUACUCCUCAUGAAGCUUUUAUGCAUGCAAUUACAGAUCUUAUCGCUGAACUGUCGCUUUUCGAAGAAAGAUUUAAGGGAGAUAUUUUGGAAAAUGCAUGA